UCAAGUCUUGUUGUACCACUUGUACAACCAAAGUGGUGGGACACUCCUCCGUGCAUACGAUUACCCGACACCAGGAAAUCGGAGGCACAAGAACCACACGCAAGAAACAACGGAUGUAACGGUGUAAAACUCGGCGAAGCUCUGUGUCCAUCUAAGAUUAAAACGUUGGCAAUUGAGAAAUUUGAAGUUUCAUGUUAUAACAUUGGAACAAAACCCCUGCAUUAUAAUAACAUUUUUAGAUAUUCAUUUGAGCAUGUCUCUAAAAGUGGAACUUGUGUUGAACUUCAUACGAUAAAUCUUGAAAAUGAUGGAAAGUGCCAACACAUUAAGUGUAUGAUGAUUAUUUCGACCAAG